UAUUAUGUGCUUUGUUGACGUCAAUGUCAGUGGCCUUGAGAAUCUCCAUCCGAACUUUGUCUCGUUUAGUGACUAAUAGCGAAUACCAAAAGCUUAUUGAAUAGUCGCAGUUGUACUAGAUAUUAUUAGAUUAUGUUUUAGCACAGGAAUAGAUCUCAUCACUAAUUUCCAUAAAUUCCAUAAUAUCUCCUGCCAGGCUGCCACAUACCCCACAUUCAUAGGAGAUACUAUCUCAUGAGAAGCACUCCUUUUCUUUCUGCAGAAAUAAGCUCUGUAAGAGAAAGAGAUGAUGAACCAGGUUUAUAGAAAAUCAUAUCAGUGUGUUUUUGUACUAGUUGCAAUGGCUUUUUUUGCUGUAGUCUCGGUGAUUGUUAUGCCAAAGAGCCAUAAAGGAGUGUCUGCUUGGUUUUUUGUAACUAGUACCAUAAGUAUGAGUUCUGAUUCUCCGUUCAGAUUCAACAAUAUUUCGGGACACGAGAGUUCCACUGGAAAAUCAGUUUUGAAACAACAAAAUGAGAAGGGAAAUGAGAACCUGGAAAUGCUUGAGGCUGGUCUUGCUACUGCUAGGGAGUUAAUCAGGGAAGCUACAAAGCUAAACCAAACAAGUAUUCUUAAAGAUGUCGAUUAUGUUCCAAAUGGCGAUAUUUACAGAAAUUCUUUUGCCUUUCACCAGAGCUACCUCUUAAUGGAAAGCCUGUUUAAGAUUUUUGUAUAUGAAGAAGGAGAGCCUCCUAUAUUCCACAAUGGUCCUUGCAAGAACAUAUACUCUAUGGAAGGACUCUUUCUCAGCUUCAUGGAAACUGAUACCAAAUUCCGGACUUCUGAUCCAGAAAAAGCUCAUGUCUAUUUCCUUCCUUUUAGUGUGGUGAUGAUCAUUGAGUACCUCUUUCAUCCAAUAAUUCGAGACAAGGCUGUUUUGCAGCGCACUGUGGUUGAUUAUGUUCAAGUCAUAUCCAACAAGUACCCAUUUUGGAAUAGAAGCCUUGGGGCUGAUCAUGUAAUGCUUUCUUGCCAUGAUUGGGGGCCAAGGGCGACAUGGUACGUUCGACAGCUAUACUUUGUUGCCAUUCGUGUACUAUGCAAUGCAAACACCUCCGAGCACUUCAAUCCUAAGAAAGAUGCAUCAUUUCCAGAAAUCAAUCUUGCAACUGGUGAAAUUACAGGACUAAUUGGAGGCUUGCCCCCAUCCAAGCGUUCUGUUCUAGCCUUCUUUGCAGGGCGAAUGCAUGGUCGAAUCAGACCAUUGCUUUUCCAACACUGGAAAGGAAAAGAUACAGAAUUACUGGUCUACGAAACAGUCCCAAAAAAUGUGUCCUACCAUGACAUGUUGAAGCAAAGCAAGUACUGCAUUUGCCCUAGUGGUCAUGAAGUCGCUAGUCCAAGGAUCGUAGAGGCAAUUUACGCAGAGUGCGUUCCGGUUUUGAUUUCACAGCAUUAUGUUCUGCCUUUCAGUGAUGUUCUAAAUUGGGAGUCCUUUUCUAUUCAAGUAUCUGUUAGUGAAAUUCCACGACUUAAGGAAAUCUUAAUGGGGAUUCCUGAAGAGAAGUAUAGAAGAAUGCAAGAAAGAGUGAAACAAGUGCAAAGACACUUUGUGGUGAACGAUCCCCCCAAGAGAUAUGAUGUUUUUCAUAUGAUAGUCCAUUCAAUUUGGCUUAGGAGACUCAAUGUACGCAUUCAUAAUUAAAGACAAGGUUAAUUUAUCUGCUACACGGCCUGUUGGAAAAAUAGUAAAUUUCACUAUUUAUUCUAAACCAAUUUAAUU